AUGCAUACAAUAUAUUUUACAUUAUAAUUUUUUAUGCAAACAACUUGGUGUGCAAAAUGUAAUUGCAUUUUUUUAAUAUAAAUUGACGGGUUAACUUGUUAUCAAUACGAGAUAAUUCACCUGCAUUAAGAUGAAGAACAUAAUAAUAUUUACUCUUUUGAUUGUGGCUAUUGUUCAGGUUCAGUGUCAAGAUGGUCCUUGUGGUCCGAAUGCAGAAUUUGUACAAUGCAAAUCUUGUUGUGAGGAAGAAACCUGCGAACGUAGAAAUCCACCAUCAUGUAACAUUUGUCCAGCCGUGUGCAAUCCAGGUUGUGUUUGUAAACCAGGAUAUAUCAGACAGAGAAAGGAUGGACCUUGCGUGAAAAAUUGUUGAAAAUUUAAUAUAAAUAAUAAUUAUAGUUGAACUAAAA